GGUAAACAAAAUGGCGGCGGCGUGUGCGCUGCGGCGGCGGCGGAGGGGGUAAAGGGGCGCGGUUCGGCUGGAGCGGGCCCUGAGGCGAGUCCCGUGGGGGCAGAGCGGGGACGGUGGCCGGUGGGGGUCCCUCUGAGACGAUUGGACGCCAGGGGAGUGUGGCGCCGGGGCCCGGCCCGGUGCGAGGCCCGGGAGCGGGGAGGGAGGACGAGGCCGCCAGGCCCCCCGCUCCCUUCCCCGUGUCGGCAGCGCAGCGCGGGGCCCAGCGCUGAGGGAACGGCUCCGGCGCACGGGGAAGGGCCCUCCCUGGGCCGCUCCCGGCUCGCGAGCCCGGCGGUUGCGGCAGCGUCCCCUCAGCCCCGCGGCCCAGGAGCGCGCAGAGCGUUCUGUUACUGCCCCCUUCCUUCUCCCUUCCCGGAGGGUCUGUGCUGUUCCUCCGGCCCGGCUGACACCUGUGGGAGCGGCCCGUGAGGAGUCGGUUCCCCCUUCCCCCACCUCCUUCCUUUGGGCAGGGAAUGGGGCGCUGGGGGCACCUGGCACGGGGGUUUGCUGCCUCUUGAGCUGUCCCGCAUCUCGGUGCGCCCGCACAGCUCUGGGGGUUUGGCUGUCCAACGCCCGCUGACCCUGGGAGCAGCAGCGGUGACACAUCAUGUGCCAGGCGCAAUCCAGGUGGCUGAAGGAUGCCCCUGGGAGAUCUCAAUAGGCACCGAAGGCCUCAAACUUUUGUAGGCGUGAAAAGCGAAGAAAUUAGAAUUGUUUCUGAAAACUCUUUCAAAGAAACCUGGUUCCAGCUUCCAAACGGCUGAAAAAAGCCCAAACGUCUGCGCUAGUGCUCGGAAGGUGAAGGCUGCAGGGCAGGAGUGCUUCCCCCGCCGUCCUGCUGGGAGCUGGUGCCUGUGCUUUGCUGGGAAUGGAAAGCCACGAACGAGACUUGGCAGUGGUCUGUUUUAUGUGAUGGUCUGAGGUCCCCAGGAUGACCUAACACUUACCUUCACAAACUGGGCCAAGCGAAAGGCCGAGGUGACUUGAAAGAACCCUAGUGGUGGGACCAGGCCAGGAGCAAAGCGAGUCCCAACCUGAUCGUGUCUGGUCAGAGCUAUAUAUUCUUCUUAAGAGACGCGUUAUUGGAGCAGACCUGGAUCUUUUAGCAUCCAUUUGAGCUGGAAGCAGCUCAUAGUUCGUUUUGUUUUGUUGUUUUUUUUUUAAUUAAUGUUUGUACAAUCUUCUGGAUGUUUUUUUUUCAAGAAGGAGUAAAAGGGAGUGUUGGAAACAAACAAACAGGAUUAAAACCCUGAGCGCUUAAAGAAGACAGGUUAAGGAACUUAAUCCAGGAUGGAUAUGCAGGAGUCUCAGCAGCUGGGUAUGUUUGGAGAGAGCGAGCUGAUGUCUGUGGGGAUGGACACUUUUAUCCAUCGCAUCGACUCUACUGAAGUCAUCUACCAGCCACGGCGGAAAAGGGCCAAGCUCAUUGGCAAGUACUUGAUGGGAGACUUGCUUGGAGAAGGAUCUUAUGGCAAAGUCAAGGAGAUGCUGGACUCUGAAACCCUCUGUAGGAGAGCUGUGAAGAUUCUGAAGAAGAAGAAGCUACGCAGAAUUCCCAACGGGGAGGCAAAUGUGAAAAAGGAAAUUCAGCUCCUGCGACGACUGCGGCACAAAAAUGUUAUCCAGUUGGUAGAUGUGUUAUACAAUGAAGAGAAGCAGAAAAUGUAUAUGGUGAUGGAGUACUGUGUGUGUGGGAUGCAGGAGAUGCUGGACAGUGUCCCAGAAAAGAGGUUUCCAGUUUUUCAGGCUCAUGGGUACUUCUGUCAGCUUAUAGAUGGCUUAGAAUACUUGCACAGCCAAGGGAUUGUCCACAAGGAUAUAAAACCUGGGAACCUCCUGCUGACCACCAAUGGGACGCUGAAAAUAUCUGAUUUAGGGGUAGCAGAGGCAUUGCAUCCAUUUGCAGAGGAUGACACGUGCCGAACGAGCCAAGGGUCGCCAGCAUUCCAGCCACCAGAAAUUGCCAAUGGCCUUGAUACCUUUUCAGGCUUUAAAGUAGACAUCUGGUCCGCAGGGGUCACACUAUACAACAUUACAACGGGUCUAUACCCCUUUGAAGGGGAUAAUAUAUAUAAGUUAUUUGAAAACAUCGGGAAAGGUGACUUCACAAUUCCAGAGGAUUGUGGUCCUCCACUCUCAGACCUAUUGAGAGGGAUGCUUGAAUACGACCCAGCCAAGAGAUUUUCAAUACAGCAGAUAAGGCAGCACAAUUGGUUUCGUAAGAAACAUGCUCAGGCAGAGACUCUGGUGCCCAUACCUCCUAGCCCAGAAACAAAGGACAAGUGGAGAAGUAUGACGGCGGUGCCUUAUCUGGAAGAUCUGCAUGGCUACAAUGAGGACGAAGAUGAUGACUUGUAUGACAUUGAAGAUGAUAUCAUCUACACUCAGGACUUCACAGUACCAGCUGCAGAGGAGGAAGCUGAGGCAGGGCGUAGAGGAGAGAGCGGAGCGCUGGGAAGCCCUGACAAGCUGUGUGCAGGAGGAAGCUGUGCUCCCAUUGGAAAAAGGCAUAGAAGAGGAGUGAAGGUUAGCCUAGGCCCCGGAGCACUGCCCUCUCAGGCUCCCAGUGACCUGAGCUAAUGGCUGGUGCCUUUAACCAAAGGAUAGCUGAGAAGGAAAACUCUACGUGACCUACGUUAAAGGCAGCUACUCUGCCUGUGCACCCCAGGCUGCUCCUGCUGACCUGCCCAUGGAAUCCUGCCUCUUCUCACUCUAGCUGAAGCAUUUGGUUUCUCUUUAACUUCUCCAGUAGCUUGUGUUGCUGCUUGGUUUGUACUCUUCGUUGUGAUUAAAAAGUGAAAACUUA